CCUCAAUAAAUAAAGCCGAUUCGCGAAUCGGCUGAGAGAUGGACGACACGAUGAGACUAACCGACUCAUCUCUCUAUCAAACGGACGAGUGCAGCACAGACAGCGGCUGCAGCAGUGGAGGUUCGACCGGGAGUGCUGAGCGUCUCUCAAAGACCCGAAAUCACGAGAGAAGUUCGUCGAGGAGUCGCUGCUUCCAUCGCUUCCGCAAUCAUGAGGCAUCGACGAUGCGAUCGCAGGAGCGUUUGUCGAGAUCGAGCCUCAACAGUCAGAAUGGCAGAUCGAAUAACAAAUCCUCGAGGUCGUGGAGUCCUAGUGAUAACCGCAACCACUCGAGAGAGUCGCCCUCUCACUCGCUGAGCCCCUCCGAUGGGCAGAGCACGGACAGCGACUCGUUGAAGAGGACCUCGAAGACUGACAUCUUGACGAGGGCACUGCACUGCCUCAAAAUUGGGGUCUUCGAGAAUAACGGGAAGGAGAAGAAGCUGACGAAGAAGAGCCCGAAGAGAAUCCUGAGGGAGCCGGUUUCUUAUACUUAUGUGAGGGGAUUGUCCGGACUGCCGACGCAAAGAGUGCCACGUAAUGCUAGUCAAUAUAGUUCACCGUGCACCUGCAACGACAUGAGGCUGUACAGAAAGAACAUUGACCGCAGAUAAAUGUGACGGUUUGAGGAGGAGUUGUGA